AUGAGUCCCUGGGCCAAUGUCAACCGGCUCUGGCCCAACGGGGUCGUUUCCAUCUGCUAUGAGUCUCCAGCAGCCGAACAAAAAUACAAACCACUGCUCCGUACAGCCAUGCGACUAUGGUACGCUGCGGGCCUGCCCGAAACCUUCAAACUACACCCUACAUCCGCAGUUAUCUGCCAAAACGCUAUCUUCGACGUCCUCACGGUCCAUGACACUCCUAACCUGUUUGUCACCAGCGUUGGCAUGCCCCCGAUGGUACCGAACCCGGAAGUCAGGCUCGAACCUGCCCACAUGUACCUUUCCACCCCGGCAGGCUGGAAUGAAGACAUUAUUCUUGCCAACAUUGCUCACGAAAUCGGACACGCAUUUGGACUUAUCCACGAGCACCAGGAUCCGGCUCUGUGGAGGCCAACUGACCAUGGGUCCUGGAUCUUCAAGUUUAACUGUAAUAACCUGAUUGACUUCGAAGAGAAGACCAGAGGCAAGACUGAGGAGGAGAUCUGGGGGCCUGAUGGACUAUGUGUGAGUUGGUGGACUGCUACGAAGGCUGGCUUUAAUGCAGCGUAUUUUCUGCCCUUCCCGGCGAAUAUCAUCGGACCACGGGAGCCUUGGCCACACAUCGACGACGUCGAUUGGGACUCAUGCAUGCUCUACGGGUCUGAUGCUGCGGGUAAGGGGCCUGUCUUGACUACGUACGACGGUAAGACCUGGAAGGCAAACAGGGUACCUUCUGCUGGAGACGUGGCAGGAUUGGUGCAGAUGUAUAACUCGCCCUUUGCGAACAAUUGGGAGCCCUUUUGGCUUGAUCCAAGAAGCCCUCAUUUUGAAAUGUUCCAGCAAUACAGCUCAUGCGGCGUGAGGGAUUGA